AUGGCGCUGCGCGCGGCACGGAGUGUGCGGAUCGUCGUCUGCAGCCUGCGCGCGGCCUCGGCGCCCGCCACGUCCUGCCCGCGGCGGCCCUGGGGGCUGCGGACUGGCGCUGUUCGGACGCUGCGCACCGGCCCCGCUCUGCUCUCGGUGCGGAAAUUCACAGACAAACAUGAAUGGAUAACAACAGAAAAUGGUAUUGGAACAGUGGGCAUCAGCAAUUUUGCACAGGAAGCUUUGGGAGAUGUUGUUUACUGUAGUCUACCCGAGGUUGGGACAAAAUUGAACAAACAAGAGGAGUUUGGUGCUUUGGAAAGUGUGAAAGCUGCUAGUGAACUUUAUUCUCCUCUGUCAGGAGAAGUAACAGAAAUUAAUGAAGCUCUUGCAGAGAAUCCAGGACUUGUCAACAAAUCUUGUUAUGAAGAUGGUUGGCUGAUCAAGAUGACACUGAGUAAUCCUUCAGAACUUGAUGAACUAAUGAGUGAAGAAGCAUAUGAGAAAUAUAUAAAAUCUAUUGAAGAGUGAAAAUGGAACCCCUAAAUAAACUAGUCUAAAACAGUAUAAUCCAGCAAUAUUUUAAAUUACUGGUGGAUAAAAAUUUAUAAUAGCAACUUUUAGCAAUACCAUAGGAAAACAGAAACUACUUGUUCCAACUAUGCUAUUGAAAGAAAAUACCCCUUAACUUUCUAAUGAUAGCAGGUAAACACAAUCUGCAUCUUUUUCAUAUCACCCAGUGAUUUAGACCAGGAUCUAGUUGUUAUUUUCAGAAUCCAUGAAAUUGUCAGAAGUAAAACUACUUGUAAAAAUUAUGUAAUUCAGUUAAGAUUGUUAUCGUAAGCCUUACAUAAUAUUGUAACUUGCUUACUUGAGUCCCUGGAUUUGGGUCAAAAUGCUUAAUGAUAUAUUCACUGGAAAUAACUGGGAAUAGACUUAAGUUUUUGUUAGUUGUACAGUGUCAGGUGAGAAACAGUAGUAUCGUAACUUCCCAGUAUACCACAUUUGCUGGUGCUAUUUUCAUACAAUGAAGCAACAGCCUUAGAGCAAAACAAGACACCCUUUAAUAACAAUAAAACAUUCAGCUUCUC